AUGCAUCAGAUUUACAGCUGCAGUGAUGAAAAUAUAGAAGUUUUCACCACCGUGAUUCCUUCCAAGGUGUCCAGUCCAGCCAGAAGAAGAGUCAAGAGCUCUCAACAUCUCUUAACCAAGAAUGUGGUGAUCGAGUCCGACCUCUACGCGUCCCGGCCCCUGGAGCUGCUGCAGCACCGCAGCGACCACCGCGACGGCGAGGGCCGCAGGUCGGGCCGCUUCCAGAACGCGCGGCCGCAGGGCGCCCACCCCGCCAAGACCCCCGCCAGGCCUGUGGGGAUUUCUGAACCCAAAUCAGCAAAUCUGUGUGGGAAUCGAGCAUAUAGCAAAGCUUUGAUGCCUCCGGUGGCCCGGAUCUCGGUGAAAGCUCCCGCCGUCCUGGAGGCGGCAGCUCCGGGCUCGGAGAACGGAGCUGUUCUGACCAGAGGAUCCAGGCAUCUCAAGAAGAUGACUGAAGAGUAUCCUACCCUCCCUCAGGGAGCAGAAGCCUCCCUACCGCUGACAGGAAGUGCCUCCUGUGGCGUCCCCAGCAUCCUCCGGAAAAUGUGGACCAGGCACAAGAAGAAGUCUGAAUACAUGGGAGCUACCAACAGCGCCUUUGAGGCUGACUAAAGGUGACCCUCCCCAGGUGCCCUGCGCUGGCCCGAGUUCACUGCACAAGGGGAGGAAACUUCCAGAUCGGAACUGAGCGACGUUCACCUCUGCUACUAGCUGGUCCACGCACAUCACCCUCCAGUACUAACUAAUCGCCCUGGCUCAGGAAACGGGAAAGGAACCUCCCUCGAAGGCAAAAGAAAACUGUUCCUUCUUAGAAUCGAUAAAGCCAUUGGUCUGAAAGUGACUUCGGGAGGUCAUCAAGUUUAUAUCCCUAUGUUCAAGCAAAAUGGCACCAAAAUCAAACUUUCCCAACCCAUUUUAAAGACCUCCAAGGAAGGAAGCAGGCAAUUCCUCAGUCUUCCUUGUGAGUCGUUCUAAUUUCCAGUAUAAAUGUAAGAAUUUGAUGUUUCAGGCACUUG